AUGAAACUUGAAACAAAAGCGUUGUGGUUGGAUGGGCAAGUGAUAGUCGGCACAAUGGAUGGUAAUCGCAUCUGGAAUAAAGAGCUCUCCGCAAAUGUUGCGGCCUGUGAAUGGUCACCGAAUGGAAAUUUGCUUCUGUUUGGCAUGGCAGAUGGAGAGGUUCACACCUAUGAUGCUCAAGGAACUUUCAUAGAAAAACUGCACAUGGUGGCUCUCGAAAACGUAGAGCUUGAGACAGCACUAGCAAAAGAUUUGCGCAAGGACAACAUUAUCGCCUUGAAGUGGUUUGCACCCGUACAGAAAAGCCGAAUCGCUGAUAAUGACUCACCCGUCAUGCCUCGUCUACCAAGAUACCAAUCGCUUGAUCUCCCUUUCGUAUCUGACCAAAGACCCGAUCAGAAGCCUAAACUCUUGAUUGCAUAUGCUCAUGGUGUCGUACAACUGAUGAGAAAUGAAAAUGAUGUCUCCCCAAUCGUAGCUCGAUUUCCCCAACUAACAAUGACUUGUGCUCGUUGGUGCCCAAAUGGAAAUUUCUUUGCUGUGACUGGACAACAACUCGAUAUGCCUGUGCAGGAAAGCUUUGUUGUACAUGUGGUUACUGCAUAUGGCGUGAAACUGUCUUCGCUAAAACUGCACACAUCAUCACUGACUGGAUGCUCAUGGGAUCCAACUGGCGUAAAACUUGCUUUAUCGGCAGAAAAUCUAAUUUGGUUCGCGAAUGUUCGACCGAGAUACAAAUGGGGGUAUUGCGGUAAUACCGUCGUUUACUCUUAUGAAAGAGCAGAACGAGGUGAUUACCGUGUCGUAUUCUACGAGACGAAGCUCGACGAAUCGUAUUCAAAGCCGGUUAGACAACUUGAGCAAAUCGCUGCCAGUAAUGAUUACUGUGUAAUCGCAAGUCAUCCAGAAGAUUCGAUGGGAAAGUGUCUUCUACAACUCUGUAACAAUAUUGGUACCUGCAUCGACCUCAAGUAUGUCGAAGUUGAUCCCGUCAGUGUUUCUCUCAACAACUGGGUAGCUGUCGUGGCUGGCGGCGAUUCCUACUUCAUCUGGCACUUCUCUGUGCCACAUAAGACUGCUCUUCCAAGGCAAGCUGGCCACACAAACGAGGAUAGGGUGCAUAAGCUAGACGAUGCUGCGCUAGCAAAGGAUGUGAUUGGAAGGAGAAAGUAUUGUGAUUCCGGCAAUGUUUACAAGGUUUCGUUACAUGAUGGAUCCAUACAAGAACGAUAUAUUUUCAUACCAAAUGUUACAAAAAUGGAGCUGAAUACCUCAUGUAAAAAACUGGCAGCAGUCGACACAAACAAUCUUCUGCAAGUUUUUGAAGUUGGUGAAAACGCAUUCGACAAAAUAAGCGGCAUGGAUGUCAGAGAAGUUGCUGACUUUAAAUGGGAUGAGGAACAAGAUGAUUCUAUUGCAUAUCUUUCCAAGCAGAAACUUGUUGUCUUACGAGGAAAAGAAGCUGAGGAGGGAAUUACAUGUGAAGGAUACAUUUGUUCAUUCCGAGGAUUAGUGGUUCGCACCGUUCUGCUGGAUAAUUUUCUCUUGCACAAGGCCAAAGCUGACGGGAGAUUCAUAAUUGAUGUCGAAAUCAAGUCUCUUCGCGAUGCAAAACAACUCUUGGAACGUCUGAAAAUCGAAGAAGCAACCGAAUUCAUUGGCAAAAAUCCACACCCGCGUCUUUGGAGUCUACUUGCCGAAGUUGCGCUAUUAAAAGUGGAUAUACCAACCGCUGAAUACGCUUACGUAGCGGAUUACGCUUCUGCAAGAGGAUUGUGGAGAUUCAGAGACUUGGCUAUCGCUAUGCAUAAGAAAACUGAGGAAUGGUUACGUGUGCUGAGACUGACAAGCACAAUUCAGGGUGGUUCUAGCGACAAAGGAAAGACUGAAGCACUACUGAAAGUGGCUGACUAUCAUAGAGACAGGCAGCGAUGGAAAGAAGCUGCCGAUCAUUAUGCCCUCGCAAAAAAGCUCGAAGAACUCGUAGUUUGUUACAUUCAUUUAGAUGACUUCGCUAGUCUUGAAAAUCUUGCCCGUCAGUUGCCAGAUAAUCACCCUCUUCUCGCGACAAUCGCUGAGCUAUUCGCUUCAUCAGGACUUUGUGAGCAAGCUGUGCAAUGUUUUCUUCGAUGUGAUCAGGUUUCAAACGCUCUCCAAACUUGUAUUCAACUCAAUAAUUGGGAUAAGAUGGCAGAAGACGAACGCAAGAAAGCAGCUCCUUGUCUUCGUCUCAAAAAGAUGUACAUCUUGGCAGCGCUUCUGAUUGAGGAAUACCACCAAAACUAUAAGGAGCGACUAUCGAAGGAACAAGGCGAAGGAGGAUCGAAGACUACAGCCGUGCUGAACGAGCUCCUAGAAGAGGAUGACAAUCUUUCCAUGGAAGAUUCACGAAUGAUUGAUAAUGCAUGGAAAGCGGCACAAGCGUACCAUUUUCUUAUGUUAGCUCAACGCCAGCUGUACGAAGGUAAUCAUGCCGCAGCUAUGAAAACAAGCUUGUAUUUAACAGAGUUUGAAGCGUACAUAGACCCCAUGGAGAUAUAUUCGCUACUGGCCUUAUCGUCUUGUGCAUGCCGCAACUUCUCCAUUUGCAGCCGCGCAUUUAUGAAGCUGGAGUCACUCACCGAUCCACAAUCGGAGGAAAGGAAAAGAUAUCAGAAACUCGCUUUGCAGCUUUUUCGAAGAUUUCCUCCUACAGAACCGCAAGCCAAAUUGGUGAAUUGCACUGGAUGUGAUAAAAGUGUGGCCGACUAUGAGCACUCAUGCUCUCACUGCAACACGAAAUUCCCGGUAUGCAUAGUGAGUGGAAGGCCGAUGUUUGCGUAUCAGUUCUGGUUAUGUCCAACAUGCAAACAACGAGCUUAUGAGGAAGAAAUUAGAAAUCACAAGUUUUGUCCUCUGUGCCACACUGCAAUAGCAUAA